GACUCGAUUGCGGAAGUUGCGUUGCCGGCUGGAUCGCCAAGUAAUCUUCCCCUCGUGACCGGCGCCUUCUUAUUGCCCCGUCUCUCCUCGUCCCCCGUUACAUUCUAGCAAAGACUCCUGCCCACAGGCACCAGCAUGGCUGUCCGUCUAUGAGAGAUCCGGAGCCAUGGCGGCUCGGCGGCGCGUAACCGCCCGCUCUCCGCUGCUGCGAGUCGGCUUGUUGUUGUUGUUGUGGUGUUUGUCGGCUCCGAGCAGAGGAAUCCCGCUGGACAAAUGUCACGGCGACAAGUCCUGUCAGCCCGCGAGGCCCCCCGUGGUUCUCAUUCCUGGGGAUCUGGGCAACCAGUUGGAGGCAAAGCUGGACAAACCCAGUGUGGUCCAUUACAUCUGCUAUAAGAAGACCGACUCCUUCUUCACGCUGUGGCUCAACGUGGAGCUGCUGAUCCCCCUAGCCAUAGACUGUUGGGUGGACAACAUGAGGCUGAUCUACAACAGGACCACACACAGCAGCUCGUCCCCGCCGGGUGUGGAAAUCCGCGUCCCGGGGUUUGGACAGACCUAUUCGGUGGAGUAUCUGGACCCAAGCAAACGCAGUGUGGGCAUGUAUUUCUUCAAUAUAGUGCAGGCAAUGGUCGAGUGGGGCUACACCAGAGAUGAUGACGUGAGAGGAGCUCCCUAUGAUUGGAGGAAAGCCCCCAAUGAGAAUAAGGAGUACUUUUUGGCGCUGCAAAAGAUGAUUGAGGAGAUGGCGCACAAGGCCGGGGGGCCCGUGGUGAUCAUCGCUCACAGCAUGGGAAACCUGUACACCCUGUACUUCCUCAACCAGCAGCCACAGGCCUGGAAAGACAGAUACAUCAAAGAUUUCAUCUCUCUGGGAGCGCCGUGGGGGGGCGUGGCCAAGACCCUCCGUGUGAUCAUUUCCGGUGAUAAUAACCGCAUCCCGGUGAUCAGCUCACUGAAGGUUCGCUUCCAGCAACGUUCUGCUGUUUCCACCACCUGGUUGCUCCCUUAUGCCAACUCCUGGCCCAAAGAUAAGGUGUUUGUGCAGACACCCACCACCAACUACACUGUGCUGGACUUCAAGAGGCUCUACACGGACAUCGGCUUCGAGGACGGCUGGCAGAUGCGGCAGGACACAGAGACGCUAGUGGCCGACUUCACGCCGCCAGGCGUGGCCGUCCACUGCUUGUAUGGCAGCGGCGUCGCCACGGCCGAGGCCUAUAAGUACUCGGAAGACUUCCCCGACGUGGAGCCCACGGUGGUGCUGGGCGACGGGGAUGGGACGGUGAACCUAUGGAGCGCCGUCCAGUGCGGGCGGUGGGUGGGACGGCAGAAGCAGCCGGUGACGUUGCUGGAACUCCCGGCCAACGAACACGUGGACAUGCUGGUGAACUACACGACCGUGGCUUACAUCAAGAAAGUGCUUUUAUCCCUGUGAUAUCCACAGCAACACCCUCUGAGAUAUUCAAACUACACCCACACACACAGAGGUGCCGACUCAUCUCGCCUGUCUCUCUUAACACCAACUGCCAAAUGUUUCCCUGUGCGCCUAUGUUGUUUAGGAACAAUUAUUGGAAUUGUGUGUUUUUAAAUAAUUUUAUAGCUGUAAUUUUACAGAGAUUUCAUUUUAGGUUGGUUGCCUUCGGGUAAGCCUGAAUACAAAGAUAUUUAUAUUGGUCUGAGCUUUUAAAUAACCCCCUGAAUUGACCUAGUCAAAGAUCUCAUGGUACAGCACUGUGUUUGUAUGGGCCACUUUCCAGAGUAAUUAAUCAGUUAUGAAUGAAGUUAUGAAUGUUGUGAAAUGAUUUCUGAUCACUGUUGACUCUAAUGUUGUUACGUUGAAAAGGAAAGAUACUUUUUUAUGGCUUUCUCAGUGUAACUAUGUUGUUGUUUUUUUGCAUGCGGUCAAGUUGUAAUCCCCUGAUGGUCCAAGGGCUUUGUUUUAAUUGUGUUGUGCAUUUUUACAUUUUAAAGUGGAUUUUAGUCACGUGAUGGUUAAACAAGAAUAAAUGGAUAGAGUGCACUUACUCACA